GAGAAAAAGGAAACGGCACACCAACAAUGAAGCGCUCUCGUGUUAACGGCUCCACUAGCUUCGGCAACAUCCGAAUCCUCAAACCUCCGUCAGCUGCUGCUUCUGCUUUCCGUUGGAACUCACGCAUCAAUCCUUCCAUAAUCUCUGCCCAUGCGCCGCCGCAGAAUGUUUGGGAGAGGGCGAGGGAAGGUCUUUUGACCUUGCCAGCGCCGCAAGUGACUGUGGAAAGCGGGCAGCGGUCGGGGCAAGUCAGUCAUUUCUUGGACAACUGCUUCUUUUGCAAGAAGGGACUGCGUCAGAAUGAUGAAACAUUUAUGUACGGUGACUUUCGUGCAUUCUGCACUCCUGAAUGCCGUACUAAACAGAUUGCCGUUGACAAUGAGAUGGAUUAAGUUUCUAAACAAUCAACUGGAACAAAGACAGACUGUUGCUGGAAGAGUGAUUUGAAGUAUUAGGCUGGUGCUCAAUUGGAAAAGUAUGCAUCUUAAUUGUUUCCUAAAUAUUUAGUUAGUUCACCAACUCUGGUGGUGCACAGCUUGUCAAAUUUUUGAGAUUGGCGUGCACUUCUUCACGGGAUGACAUCGUGGCUGACACAUCAUCAGUCGUGUACAGUUGCACUAGUUGAUUUUUUCUAGGAUUAAAAAAUCUCUAGGUUUUUGGAGGAUUGAACAUUUCGUUUCAACUUUGAAGCAGAAUUUAUGAUGGUAUCACAUGAUAUUUGUUAUCUUUACAAAUGCUGAUGCUCUGGGUGAUAGUUUGUUCACUCAUACAUCAUUUGGUUACAGUCAUAGAUUCUUCUCUACUCUCUCAAUGCAUUUUAGUGAAAUUUUCUAUGUUGAGAAGGCCAAUUUCAUUUUUCUUAUUUUCAUUUCGAUUUUCUGUUACUUAUUUUAUGAUUAAGCCUGUAUAUUUUCAUGAACAUCCUAUACUCUCAAGUAU